AUGUCAAUGCCCCUCAUCACUGGGGGAGUAAUAGGAGAUGUCCUCGACUCUUUCACUCCAAUCAUCAGCAUGUCCAUCACUUACAACAAGAAGCAAAUCUGCAAUGGUCUUGAGCUCUAUCCCUCUGCAGUGGCAACCAAGCCAAGGGUUGAGGUUCGAGGAGGUGAUCUCAGAAGUUUCUUUACGCUGGUCAUGACAGAUCCAGAUGUUCCUGGCCCUAGUGAUCCUUAUCUAAAGGAGCAUGUACACUGGAUAGUCACAGACAUUCCAGGCACAACAGAUGCUACAUUUGGAAGGGAGGUGGAGAGCUAUGAGAUGCCAAGGCCCAAGAUAGGUAUCCACAGGUAUGUGUUUGUUCUCUUCAAGCAGAAACGCAGACAGACAGUUCAACCACCUGCUUCAAAGGAUCAUUUCAACACUCGAAGAUUCGCUGCUGAGAACGACCUUGGCCUCCCUGUUGCUGCUGUCUUCUUCAACGCACAGCGAGAAACUGCUGCAAGAAGACGCUAA